ACCACUCAGACACACUGAAGCCAGCCGGAGCAGACAGAGGGAGCAGACUAAUAUGUGGGUUAUUAUCUUAUCAUGCUUGUAUUCUGCGCCAAAGGACACGCGUUGCUUUGUUUGACUUUUGUUUUUAUGACAGCCGCGCAAUAUGAAAACUACAGCUUCAUUAAUUUCCCCACAGAUGAGCUGGUGCCGCUCACCACUGCAUAUGGACUGGCUUUGGAUCAUUACGCAGCAGAGAACUGGACUGAAUCGAUCCAAUAUUUGGAGCUGAGUUUGCGUUUGCGCCGGCUGCUUAGAGACAGUGUGAGGUACUGCGUGCUGCACUGUAACAGCAGCAGACAUGAAGAACCUGCCUUUGGGGGAAACCAGGAGCUCCGCUUCUACUGGCACGUUAUGAUGAGAGCGUCCUGUCAGAAGAAGUGCAGGGAGCACUUCCCCGCGCUGCAGCUCGCCCCUCCCAGCAGACACAUCCUGGACGACUUCAGCAGAAGAUCUCCAUACAGAUAUCUGCACUUUGCGCACUCCAGGCUCAAUGAUCUGCAGAGCGCCAUCCCAUGUGCCUACACCUACCUCCAGAAGAACCCUGAGGACCAGGAGAUGCAGCAGCUGAUGGAGGAGUACAAGAGCCAGUACGACCUGAGCGGCUACCUCACCGACCACGAAGAACAACCACAUGAGGCCUCCUUUGUGAGAGGAGUGAAACUCAUCAACUCAGGUGACUUCAGCAGGGGUGUUGAACACAUGGAGGACGCUCUGAGACUAUACCUCCACGAGUAUGACCUCUGUCAGGCUGACUGUGAAGGGAUCAGUCAGCUUACACCACACACUGACUUCUACGCAGUCAUAGCAGAUGUUUACAUUGACGUGUUACGCUGUAAGCUCAGAUGUGAAGAAAACUUGAAGCCUAAUGUCGGGGGUUAUUUCGUGGAGAAAUUUGUGGCCACUAUUUACCACUACCUGCAGUACGCCUAUUAUAAGAUGAACGACGGCCGCAGUGCGGUGCCCUGUGCGUACAGCUACUUCCUGUUUGAAUCUGAGGAUCAGGUCAUGAAGCAGAACCUGCAGUACUAUAAAGCCUACAGUGAACAGUGGGGGCUUCAGGCUGAACACUUCACACCCAGGAUGGAGGCUCUCAAACUCUACAACCUCACUGUCACUCAAAAGCAGAUGCUGACAUCUGCAGAGAAGUACGCAGAGAUGGGUGAUGAGGAUUUUCUUGGACCAGAGGGAGCAGCACUUUUGGCCUCAGAGUCCCCUGAUGUUGAGUUUGAGGGUAUGGGAGACUACGAGGAGUCGAUCUACGCUGACUGGAGGCAGCCGAAGGGCAAAGGAGACUCUGGGGAGUCAGAUAUCUGAAGACAGCUGAGAGUCAGAGUUUAACACUCAACAGUAGAUCUGAAGAUGUCAGUGAUCAUUCGUCAGUCAGGUCUUUAACGUUUAAGUGUCAUGUCCUCUUCUGUCCUCACAGUUUGUUAAUUAUUCUCAUUUGUAUCCGUCUACUGUUUUUAAGGAAUAAAAUAAAGUCAAUAAUAACUGUUUCCACUUAUUAAAAUCUAGAUCAGUCAGAGAUUUAGAAGCACUCUGUAGUUUUUAUCUUGAUGCUGUUACGUUAAGUAUAUUAUAGUGCAGCGUAGAUUUAUCACCAAUAAAACAAUGU